AUGUUAGAACAAUUAUUGAUUUUCAGUAGAGGAGGAUUAAUUUUAUGGACCUGCAAAGAGCUCAGCAAUGCUCUUAAAGGUUCUCCGAUUGAUACUUUGAUUCGAUCGUGUUUAUUGGAGGAGCGAUCUGGGUUAGCGUCGUUCGUUUACGAUGCUCCGGGUGCGUCAUACACCCUUAAAUGGACUUUCCACAAUGAAUUGGGAUUGGUUUUUGUUGCUGUGUAUCAGAAGAUUCUGCAGUUGUUGUAUGUUGAUGAUUUGCUUUCGAUGGUUAAGCGCGAAUUCUCGGUUGUUUAUGAUCCGACUAGGACGGAUUACGGCGAUUUCGAUGAUGUUUAUAGGCAGUUAAGGUUGGAAGCUGAGGCUAGAGCUGAGGAGAUUAAGAAAUCGUCGAAAGUGGGGGCGAGGAUUGUUGGGAAGAAGCAGGAAUUGGUUCAAAAGGCGAAAUUUGAUCAGGGUGGGAAGAAGAAUGGUGGUGGGAAUUUGAAGAGUGAGAAUGGUGGGGAUGGUGCUGAUGAUAGGUUGGUGAAUGGGUAUGUAAAUGGGGGUAGGGGUAGCCUCGAUGAGGAGGUUAAGAAUCGCGGUAGUGUAAAUGAUAAGGAGAAUUUGAGUUCGAAUAAUGGAGCAUUUGAUGUAAAUAAGCUUCAGAAGUUACGACCAAAGGCUGGGAAAAAGAAUGAUAGUGCUGCUGUAGUUAGUAAGGGUUCCAAGCCGGAAUCUAAGAAAAAGGUUACGAAAAAGAAUAGAGUGUGGGAUGAUAAUAAACCUAAAGAUGUGAAACUGGAUUAUACUGAUCCUGUGACUGAGAAUGGGGAUGAACAUGUGAAUUACCUCGCAGCAGAGAUUGAGGGUGAGAGUAUGAUGGAUAAAGAAGAGGUUAUUAGCAGUGACAGUGAGGAGGAAGAAGAUGAGCAAGUUGUGGAUGGCUCUAAAUCUGUGACAAAAUCAAAGGGGUGGUUUUCUUCAAUGUUUCAGAGUAUUGCAGGCAAGGCCAAUCUGGAGAGGGCUGAUCUUGAGCCAGCUUUGAAAGGUCUGAAGGAUAGGCUUAUGACUAAGAAUGUGGCUGAGGAGAUAGCAGAGAAACUUUGUGAAUCAGUUGCAACAAGCCUGGAAGGUAAAAAGCUGGAAAAAUUUACGUUGGUAUCAUCAACAGUUAAGGCUGCUAUGGAAGAUGCCCUUGUUCGCAUCCUUACUCCUAAACGCUCUAUUGACAUACUUAGGGAUGUUCAUGCUGCCAAAGAACAAGGGAAGCCAUAUGUUGUUGUGUUUGUCGGUGUCAAUGGAGUAGGAAAGUCUACCAACCUUGCCAAGGUUGCAUACUGGCUGUUGCAACAUAAGGUAAGUGUCAUGAUGGCUGCCUGUGAUACAUUUCGUUCUGGAGCUGUUGAGCAGCUUCGUACUCAUGCACGCAAACUUCAGAUUCCAAUCUUUGAGAAAGGUUAUGAGAAGGAUCCUGCUAUUGUGGCAAAGGAAGCAAUCCAAGAGGCCACUCGCAAUGGUUCGGAUGUGGUUCUUGUUGAUACAGCUGGUCGAAUGCAGGACAAUGAACCUUUGAUGCGUGCACUCUCAAAGCUUAUCAACCUUAACAAUCCAGAUCUUGUCCUUUUUGUUGGUGAAGCGCUUGUUGGUAAUGAUGCUGUUGAUCAGCUCUCAAAAUUCAAUCAGAAACUUGCUGAUCUUUCAAACUCACCAAAUCCAAGAUUGAUUGAUGGCAUCCUCCUUACCAAGUUUGACACCAUCGAUGACAAGGUUGGAGCUACUUUGUCCAUGGUUUACAUCUCUGGAGCUCCUGUGAUGUUUGUUGGCUGUGGGCAGUCUUACGCUGACUUGAUGAAAUUGAACGUGAAGUCCAUCGUGAAGACGCUCCUCAAGUGAGCCAACAUAAUAUGCCACAUCGUUUGUACUGUGUGAUAUGCUCUUUCUGGCAUCCUCAAACUUACUGUCAUCCUCUGUUUGAUUUUAGAUAUUAAUCCAGCUGUGUUGUUUCUGAGAAGAAUUGUAAAAAUAAAGAUGUUUUUUGUUUGUGGCUCUAUAUAAUCAAUACUCCAUACUUAUAUUUUAUUUAUAGGUUUUGACUAGGCUGAAUGUCAACAUUUUUUAAGUCAA